UCCAUACAUCCACCUCUCUAUUCCCUUCAUCCAUUUUUCUACACUUCCCUUUCCCUUACUCUCUUCGUCCACCCAAAAAUGAAAAACCUCGGCAAUUGUCCGACGUUUCUAAUCCUCGGAGUUUUAUUCUUCUGUUGUCUUUCCCAUGUUAGAUCCGACGCCUCCGACCACCGUUACAAAGACGGUGAUCCUGUCCCGCUCUACGCCAAUAAGGUCGGCCCGUUCCACAACCCCAGUGAAACCUAUCGCUACUUUGAUCUGCCCUUCUGUUCUCCAGAUCAUUUAAAGGAGAAGAAAGAAGCGUUAGGUGAGGUCUUGAAUGGUGAUAGACUCGUAAACGCUCCUUAUAAACUUAACUUUAGAGAGGAGAGAGAUUCUUAUGUUGUUUGUAAGACGAAGCUUUCAAAAGAAGAGGUUGCCAUUUUCCGUAAGGUGGUUGACAAGGAUUAUUAUUUCCAAAUGUACUAUGAUGAUUUACCUAUCUGGGGUUUUAUUGGAAAAGUUGAUAAGGAGGGAAAAGCUGAUCCGAGCGAGUACAAGUAUUUCCUUUACAAGCAUAUCCAGUUCGAUAUACUUUAUAACAAGGAUCGCGUAAUUGAGAUCAGUGCUAAGAUGGAUCCUCAUUCGCUUGUGGACUUGACUGAGGAUAAGGAAGUUGAUGCCGAGUUUAUGUAUACUGUGAAAUGGAAGGAGACUGAGACUCCUUUCGAGAAGAGGAUGGACAAGUACUCCAUGUCUUCUUCUUUGCCACAUCAUUUGGAGAUUCAUUGGUUUUCUAUCAUCAACUCUUGCGUGACGGUGCUCCUUUUAACGGGUUUCCUUGCAACGAUUCUCAUGCGGGUCUUGAAGAAUGAUUUCAUUAAGUAUGGUCAAGAUGAAGAAGCAGCUGAUGACCAAGAAGAGACUGGAUGGAAGUAUAUUCAUGGAGAUGUAUUCCGAUUCCCAAAGUUCAAAUCUUUGUUUGCUGCUGCUCUUGGAUCUGGAACACAGCUGUUCACUUUAACGGUUUUCAUUUUUAUGCUUGCAUUGGUUGGUGUCUUCUAUCCGUACAAUCGCGGUGCUCUGUUUACUGCCCUAGUGGUUAUAUAUGCACUUACAUCAGGUAUUGCAGGAUAUACAGCUACUUCUUUCUACUGUCAGCUUGAAGGAAAGAACUGGGUUAGGAAUCUGUUAUUGACUGGCUGCCUUUUCUGUGGGCCCUUAUUUCUCACAUUCUGCUUCCUUAACACGGUUGCUAUUGCAUACAGAGCAACUGCUGCACUGCCUUUUGGAACUAUUGUAGUAAUAGUCCUCAUAUGGACACUAGUGACAUCUCCCUUGCUUGUUCUGGGUGGUAUUGCUGGAAAAAAUAGCAAGGCUGAGUUCCAAGCUCCCUGCCGCACCACAAAGUAUCCUCGAGAGAUUCCACCAUUGCCUUGGUACAGGAGUGCGAUUCCUCAGAUGGCAAUGGCUGGAUUUCUUCCAUUUAGUGCUAUUUACAUUGAGCUUUACUACAUAUUUGCCAGUGUCUGGGGCCACAGGAUCUAUACCAUAUACAGCAUCUUGUUUAUUGUCUUCAUCAUCCUGCUGAUUGUCACUGCUUUUAUAACUGUGGCUUUGACAUAUUUCCAACUUGCAGCCGAAGAUCAUGAAUGGUGGUGGAGGUCUUUCCUUUGCGGUGGAUCAACUGGCCUCUUUAUCUAUGCCUAUUGCUUGUAUUAUUACUAUGCACGAUCAGAUAUGUCUGGUUUUAUGCAAACCUCGUUCUUCUUUGGUUACAUGGCUUGCAUCUGCUAUGGAUUCUUCCUGAUGCUCGGGACAGUGGGUUUCCGUGCCUCGCUGCUCUUUGUUCGUCACAUAUACAGGUCCAUCAAGUGUGAGUAGAGGGUUUAGUUGUCCCUUAACAUUUCCAUCAAUGCUGUCAUAGAGAAGUCUAUGAUUAUGAUCUUUGUUAGAAAUUAGCUGGAAGAUUGCCCUAAUUGUCAUGAGCAAAUGGGGAUGCUAUACUAUGCCUAAAGGGAUAUCUGUAAGAUCUGCACGUGGGUGGCUAGGCAUUGGAGAACUUUUAGGCAUCAUGUGUUUAUUAUUAAUAUUUGCUUUGUAUGUAACCAUGAGACGGAUUUGUGUAGGAUGCUGUUAUUUUUUAUACCUCUCUACCGGGAAAAAAAGAUGCUCAAUUAGUUUCCUUUGACCGACUGUUUUGAGUUGACUUUAAAAGAUUGCGUUGCAAAAUAAAUGAUUAUUUUCCGA